UUUCAGGACGAGUCCGGUUACUUUUAAUCCGACCAGCGGCUCAGCCACUUUCUCCUCCUCCACGCUGCACACACACACACACACACGCACACACACACACACACCCCAGACAUCUUCUGGCUGCUUAUUGGAUUGACUUUGAAGGUUGUGUGUGUGAUUCAAGGAGGCUGCAUGUUGAACCAGGUGGUGAAUAUUUAAAGGCUGGAAGAAGUAAAGGGAUUUUUUCUUUUUCCUAUGAAAGGAAAAUAUCUCAAGGACUAGUCUGAUCAUCCAAACAACUAAAUGUUUGUAAUCAGGAACGGAUGCAGGGGACUGUGAACUGAGUAGUGCAAGUGCUGAAGAAGGAGGUUUGUUUUGAGGAAACGGGAAAGAGGAAGAGAAGAGAAGGGAAAAAUACAUAAUUUUAAGGAAGAAGGAGAGAAAAAAAAACGGGGACUAUGGGGAGAAAAAAGAUUCAGAUUACAAGGAUUAUGGAUGAACGUAACAGACAGGUGACAUUUACAAAGAGGAAAUUUGGGUUAAUGAAGAAGGCUUAUGAGCUGAGUGUUCUGUGUGACUGUGAGAUUGCUCUGAUCAUCUUCAACAGCACCAACAAACUGUUCCAGUAUGCCAGCACUGACAUGGACAAAGUGUUGCUGAAAUAUACCGAGUACAAUGAGCCGCAUGAGAGUCGAACGAAUUCGGAUAUUGUCGAGACCUUGAGAAAGAAAGGACUUAAUGGCUGUGACAGUCCAGACCCCGAUGCAGACGAUUCAGUAGGUCACAGCCCUGAGUCUGAGGACAAGUACAGAAAAAUUAAUGAAGAUAUUGAUCUAAUGAUCAGCAGGCAAAGAUUAUGUGCAUUGAACAAGAAAGAAAACAAAGGUUGUGAAAGCCCCGAUCCUGACUCCUCUUACGCUCUCACCCCACGCACUGAAGAAAAAUACAAAAAAAUUAAUGAAGAAUUUGAUAAUAUGAUCAAGAGCCAUAAAAUACCUGCUGUUCCACCACCAAACUUUGAGAUGCCAGUUUCUAUCCCAGUGUCCAACCACAACAGUUUGGUAUACAGUAACCCAGUCAGCUCACUGGGAAACCCCAACCUUUUGCCGCUGGCUCAUCCUUCUUUGCAAAGAAAUAGCAUGUCUCCUGGCGUGACCCACCGGCCUCCGAGUGCAGGUAACACAGGUGGCCUGAUGGGUGGGGACCUCACAACCGGUGCAGGCACCAGUGCAGGAAAUGGAUAUGGCAACCCCCGCAACUCACCAGGUCUGCUGGUCUCACCUGGCAACUUGAACAAGAAUAUGCAAGCAAAAUCUCCGCCUCCAAUGAAUUUGGGAAUGAACAACCGUAAACCGGAUCUCCGUGUGCUUAUUCCACCUGGCAGCAAGAAUACAAUGCCAUCAGUGAAUCAGAGGAUAAAUAACUCCCAGUCUGCUCAGUCAUUGGCUACUCCAGUGGUUUCCGUAGCAACUCCUACUCUACCAGGGCAAGGGAUGGGAGGAUACCCAUCAGCCAUCUCAACAACAUAUGGUACUGAAUAUUCUCUGAGUAGUGCAGAUAUAUCAUCUCUCUCUGGGUUUAAUACAGCCAGUGCUCUUCAUCUUGGUUCUGUGACUGGCUGGCAACAGCAACACCUACAUAACAUGCCACCAUCUGCCCUCAGUCAAUUGGGAGACCGUACCACCACACCCUCGAGAUACCCACAGCACACGCGCCAUGAGGCGGGGAGAUCUCCUGUUGACAGUUUGAGCAGCUGUAGCAGUUCCUACGAUGGAAGUGACCGAGAAGAUCACCGGAACGAAUUCCACUCCCCCAUUGGACUCACCAGACCUUCGCCGGACGAAAGGGAAAGCCCCUCUGUCAAGCGCAUGCGGCUCUCUGAAGGAUGGGCGACAUGAUAACAUUAUUACCUAUUAGUUUUUUUUUCUUGCAGUGUGUGUGUGCUAUACCUUAAUGGGGGAGGGGGGGUCGAUAUGCAUUAUAUGUGCCGUGUGUGGAAAAAAAAAAAA